AUGAAAUCUACAUCUUCAGCCGAUAUAAGUGAAUCUGAAGAAUUAAUUGAUCAGUCAAGAAAACAGGCGUCUGAUAAAAUACUGGUUAAAUCUAAAGAUAUGGAACAAGAAAAGUCUUUACGUAUUACAAUUCGUGUUCCAUCCCGUUGUAUGACAGGAAAAAGAAGUAGGAGACGUAGAAUUGAAGCGAUAGAAAGUAUAUCAGAGAGUGAAUUAGAUGAACUUAGUUCAUCUAAUGAUUUUGAAGAAACAGUAUUAGAAGAAUCUUUAGAUACUGAUGAUUCAGAAGAAUAUAUUGAGAGAUCAAGAGAAUUAAAAGAAAAAGUAGGGGAAUUAACAAGGCUUACAAAACGUCAAAGAGCAAGAAUAGAUGAAGAUGCAGUAGAAACAAAUGAUCUUGUACAGUUGCCGGAAACUAUAAAAAGGCGUCAUCAGAACCUUACUGAAGAGGAAUUAGCGUUAAAAAGGAAUGAACUUGCUCGUCGCAGAAAAAAUCUUUCAGAACAGAAGUUGGAGGAAGAAAAGAUGGGAACUAUUAAUAAGCUUCUCAGUAAGCAGGUGAUGCAUAAAUAUAAAAGGAUUAAGGUGGAUGAUGAAGGAGCUUCGGAAGAAGAAAAAAAUGUACCAAAGGUGUCAUCACCAAUUAUGUCACGAUGGAUUGAUAGAAAGGAAGGGACUGUAUUUGCUAUUCCGAAGAAAUGGCUUGAUAUUAAUGUUUCAACAUAUUUUGAGGCGCAAAAGGGAAGUGUACCAAGUUUUUCGCAAAGAUUAUGUUCUUUGUGUGGUGGAGUGGGAAUAUAUAAUGUAAUUGGUUCAGUUGUUCCUAUGCGUGCAUGUAGUAUUUCAUGUCUUCGUUUGAUUCAGUCAAAAACAUGAUUUUUUUAGUAAGGUUUAUUUUUUAGGGAAAAAAAGGGUUAAUUUUAAUAAAGGGAAAUGGCAUUUGAAUGUUUUGUUUUGUUUUUUAUCUAUUUUUUUAUUUUUUUUUAGUUAUUUUAAAAUUUGCUUAAUAUUGAUAUUUGAGUAUUUCUUUAUUUUUUCUAAGUUGGGUAUUUGUUUUUUCUAAUG